AUGCUGCUGCGACUCCCCACUAGCCUUCAUUACCCAAUCACCGUCACCGAGCUGCUUAAGCAACCCAACGACCAUGUCGACAAGUUCGCACCACUCUUCUCGUACGUCUAUGAGACCGAGGUGACAGAAGGUGAUAGUCUAGGUAAUACAUGGCAGACAUUGAAGAAAUACCCGACUAGGUUUGAAUCCAGCGUCGAGGGCGUGCUCAUCAACUGGAAAAUCGACGAGGGCGCGGUCAUCUCCAAGCCAAAUGUGAAUAUAGCUGAGAUCGAGGAACCAUGCGCGCACAGCGUCCAGUUUGGUGGAAUGUGCGUUACCUGCGGCAAGGACAUGAGAGAGUCAUCCUAUGUGACCGAGCAACUCGAUUCCUCGAGAGCGACAAUAAAUAUGGUUCACAACAAUGUCUCGCUCACCAUCAGCGAAAAUGAAGCAGCAAGAGCAGAUGACGAAGCCAAAAGGCGUUUGCUAGCUUCGAAAAAACUGUCCCUCGUUGUCGAUUUAGACCAGACCAUCAUUCAGGCUACAGUUGACCCUACGGUCGCCGACUGGCAGAAAGAUGGGCACAACCCAAACCACGACGCGGUCAAAGACGUUCGCGCAUUCCUCCUGAAAGACGAUGGACCGGGAAAUAGAGGAUGUUGGUACUAUAUCAAACUUCGUCCUGGGCUCAAAGGCUUCUUGGAAAAUGUUUCAAAGAUAUACGAGCUACACAUCUACACCAUGGGCACAAGGGCCUACGCGAAGAAUAUUGCAAACAUAAUAGAUCCCGAGCACAAAAUAUUUGGCGAUCGAAUACUGUCUCGGGAUGAGAGUGGAAGCUCCACUGCUAAAAAUCUGCAACGCCUCUUCCCCGUGGAUACAAAGAUGGUAGUCAUCAUUGACGACAGGGGGGACGUUUGGAAAUGGAGUCCGAAUCUUAUCAAAGUUACACCAUAUGACUUUUUCGUCGGUAUCGGGGACAUUAAUUCCAGCUUCUUGCCCAAGAAGCCUGGACCGAAACCGUCGCAGAAGGCAGCGGCCAUUGCAGGCCCCGAGCCCCGUGACGAUCAAACUGAAGGUGCUACCAAGGAGGAGCUUCAGCCUACAAUCAACGGCAAUACAAGUCAGGAACUGGCGACCCCAUCUGCUGGAGAGUCGGAGGCUCCAGCAGCCAAUAAUGUCUCAGCACUGGAGCAGCUAGUAGCGAUGGGUGGUGGUAAUGAUCCAGCGACAAGGCAUGCGCAAACAACCCGCCAGGAUGAGGCUUUAGCGGCUCAACUUGAGGACCGGCCCUUGCUCCAGAAGCAGAAGCAAUUAGAGGCGGAAGAUGCUGCGACAGGGUCCGCCGCAGCAAAGGAAGAUGGAGAUUCUGGCAACGCAUCUCCUUCUUCAGACGAUUCUAGUGAACCAGACAAGCCGAAGCAUAACCUCCUCCAUGACCACGACCGUGAGCUCUUCCAGCUCGAAGAGUCUCUCCAUAAAGUCCACACCGAGUUCUACGACAUCUAUUACCGCCGACUAUCCGACGCGCAAGGUGGCCGUCUGGGGCAACUCCGAGGUGGGCAGAAACGCAAGUUACCAAGCGAGAAAUCCGAUCUGGACCUCGUGCCGGACAUCGAGACAGUUUUGCCCUCGGUGAAAUCAAAAGUCCUCGCCGGAGUUGUUAUCGUCUUUUCAGGUGUUGUUCCUCUAGGCGUGGAUGUUGGAAGCACUGAUUCAGCGAUUCUGGCAAGAAGCUUCGGCGCUCGGAUCGAGGAAAAUGUUGGCAGGUCGACUACGCAUGUUGUUGCGGCAAGAAAUCGAACCCUGAAAGUCAGAAAAGCGAUCAAACGAGGCAAAGGCAGGAUCAAAAUUGUCAACCCCCAGUGGCUCACAGACUCUAUCCACCGCUGGUCGAAAGUAGACGAGAGGCCUUAUCUUCUUGAUACAGAAGAAAAGAACGGUCCUCACGAAGAUGACGACGAUAUUCUUAGCGAGAGUGAAUCACCCGCUGCCAGCGAAAGUGGAGAGGAAACGGACACCAGUAGUAGGCCAUCCAAGCCCACACUCACCCUGAAAACCAAACCAAACCAAAGUCAUGUCGACACGGACGAAUCUGACUUCGAAGAUGUCGCUCUCGCGGAAAUUGACGUGGAUGAAGCUAGCCCCGUUGGUGGUACGAAUGAGGAUUGGAGCGGCAUGAAUGACGAGCUUGCUGAGUUCCUAGGUAGUGACGCCGAAGACAGUGACGGAGACAGCGUCGCUAGUAGGGAUACUAAAGGUAGUUGGAAGCUGGGGAUGCGCGGUAAAAAGAGAGGAAGAGAGGAGAACGAUAGCGGUGAUGAGAGUGAAGAUGGCAACGCUGGAAAGGUGAAGAAGAAGCAAGCGGUUGGGAAUGGCCUAACAUCUUUGAGCCAGACGACUAUGGCCGAGCCUGACGGGGACGAGGAUGAGAAAGAUGAUGGUGAGGAGGAGGCUGGAGUUGGAGCAGUAGUGAAUGGGGAAAAAGAGGAGGGAGAUGGGUGGAGCGAGUUUGAGGAUGAAUUGGAGAGAGAAUUGGAGAAGGACGGAAGUGAAGACCACGGCGAGGGUUAG